UUAAUAGUGAGCUGGUGAUUGCCUCAGCAGGCGUGGUGUGCUUCAGUGUCUUGAGAGGCUUGGGUGUCCCGGUAGGAAGGGUGAAAGGUUGUAACUACUCCUUUGAGGGUGAUCACCGAGGUCGUUGGUUUGCACUGUCGGCUGGGCAGCGCCAUGGCGGAAAGAAAGGGCACAGCCAAAGUGGACUUCUUGAAGAAGAUUGAGAAAGAAAUCCAACAGAAAUGGGACACCGAGAAAGUAUUUGAGGUCAAUGCAUCUAAUUCAGAGAAGCAGACUAGCAAGGGCAAGUACUUUGUCACCUUCCCAUAUCCAUACAUGAACGGGCGCCUUCAUUUGGGACACACAUUUUCUUUAUCCAAAUGUGAGUUUGCAGUAGGGUACCAGAGAUUGAAAGGAAACAUUUGUCUGUUCCCCUUUGGUUUACACUGUACUGGAAUGCCUAUUAAGGCCUGUGCUGAUAAGUUGAAAAGAGAAAUAGAGCUCUAUGGUUGCCCCCCUGAUUUUCCAGAAGAAGAAGAAGAAGAGGAAGAAGUCAGUGCUAAAACAGAAGAUGCAAUAAUUAAGGAUAAAGCUAAAGGAAAAAAGAGUAAAGCUGCUGCUAAAGCUGGAUCUUCUAAAUACCAGUGGAGCAUUAUGAAAUCUCUCGGUCUGGCUGAUGAAGAAAUAGCCAAAUUUUCUGCAGCAGAACAUUGGCUUGAUUAUUUCCCGCCACUGGCUAUUCAAGAUCUGAAGAGAAUGGGUUUGAAGGUAGACUGGCGUCGUUCCUUCAUCACCACUGAUGUUAAUCCUUACUAUGAUUCGUUUGUCAGGUGGCAGUUUUUAACAUUAAGAGAAAGAAGCAGAAUUAAAUUUGGAAAACGGUAUACCAUUUAUUCUCCAAAAGAUGGACAGCCUUGUAUGGAUCAUGACAGACAAACUGGAGAGGGUGUUGGACCUCAGGAAUAUACUUUAAUCAAGUUGAAAGUGCUUGAGCCGUACCCAUCCAAAUUAAGUGGCCUGAAAGGGAAAAAUAUCUUUUUGGUAGCUGCUACUCUCAGACCUGAGACCAUGUUUGGACAGACAAACUGUUGGGUUCGCCCUGAUAUGAAGUACAUUGGGUUUGAGACAAAGAAUGGUGAUAUAUUCAUUUGCACCCAAAGAGCUGCCAGGAAUAUGUCAUUCCAGGGCUUUACCAAAGACAGUGGCGUGGUGCCUGUAGUUAAGGAAUUAAUGGGAGAGGAAAUUCUUGGAGCAUCACUUUCUGCACCUUUAACAUCUUACAAGGUGAUUUAUGUUCUCCCAAUGCUCACCAUUAAGGAGGAUAAAGGCACUGGUGUGGUCACAAGUGUUCCUUCUGACUCCCCCGAUGAUUUUGCUGCCCUCAGAGACUUGAAGAAAAAGCAGGCUUUACGAGCAAAGUAUGGAAUUAGAGAUGACAUGGUCUUGCCAUUUGAGCCAGUGCCAGUCAUUGAAAUCCCAGGUUUUGGAAAUCUUUCUGCUGUAACCAUUUGUGAUGAGUUGAAAGUUCAGAGCCAAAAUGACCGAGAAAAACUUGCAGAAGCAAAGGAGAAAUUAUAUCUAAAAGGGUUUUAUGAUGGUGUAAUGUUGGUGGAUGGAUUUAAAGGACAGAAGGUCCAAGAUGUAAAGAAGUCUAUUCAGAAAAAGAUGACUGACACUGAAGAUGCAUUUAUUUACAUGGAGCCAGAGAAACAAGUUAUGUCCAGGUCUUCAGAUGAAUGCGUCGUGGCCCUGUGUGACCAGUGGUACUUGGAUUAUGGAGAAGAGAACUGGAAAAAGCAGACAUCCCAGUGCUUGAAGAACCUGGAAACAUUCGGCGAGGAGACCAGGAGGAAUUUUGAAGCUACCUUAGACUGGCUACAAGAGCAUGCUUGCUCAAGAACUUAUGGUUUAGGUACCCGUUUGCCUUGGGAUGAGCAGUGGCUGAUUGAAUCACUCUCCGAUUCCACUAUUUACAUGGCAUUUUACACAGUGGCACACCUGUUGCAGGGGGGUGACUUGCGUGGACAGGCAGAGUCUCCAUUGGGCAUCAGACCACAGCAGAUGACCAAGGAAGUUUGGGAUUAUGUUUUCUUCAAGGAAGCUCCAUUUCCUAAGACUCAGAUUCCCAAGGAAAAAUUAGAUCAGCUAAAGCAUGAGUUUGAGUUCUGGUACCCUGUGGAUCUUAGAGUCUCUGGCAAGGACCUUAUUCCAAAUCAUCUUUCAUAUUAUCUUUAUAAUCAUGUGGCUAUGUGGCCAGAACAAAGUGACAAAUGGCCUGUAGCUGUGAGAGCAAAUGGACAUCUUCUCCUCAACUCUGAGAAGAUGUCAAAAUCCACAGGCAACUUUCUCACUUUGACCCAAGCUAUUGACAAAUUUUCAGCCGAUGGAAUGCGCUUGGCUCUGGCUGAUGCGGGUGACACUGUGGAAGAUGCUAACUUUGUGGAAGCCAUGGCAGAUGCAGGUAUUCUCCGUCUGUACACCUGGGUGGAGUGGGUGAAAGAGAUGGUUGCCAACUGGGACAGCCUACGAAGUGGUCCAGCCAACACCUUCAAUGAUAAAGUUUUUGCCAGUGAAAUGAAUGCAGGAAUUAUAAAAACAGAUCAAAACUAUGAAAAGAUGAUGUUUAAAGAAGCUUUGAAAACAGGGUUUUUUGAGUUGCAGGCCGCGAAAGAUAAGUACCGUCCUGACUCCAUUAUGCGUGCAUCGUGGCCUGUCGUGGGUCCUGUGGAUGAUGUCUUGAUACGUUCCUCACAGUAUCUCAUGGAGGUCGCACAUGACCUUAGGCUGCGACUGAAGAAUUACAUGAUGCCAGCGAAAGGGAAGAAGACUGACAAGCUCCCACCUCAGAAGCCUUCCCAUUGCACCAUCUAUGUGGCGAAGAACUAUCCAUCCUGGCAACACACCACCCUGUCAGUUCUGCGUCAUCACUUUCAGAACAAUAAUGGAAAAUUGCCUGAUAACAAAAUCCUUGCUACUGAACUAGGCAGUUUGCCAGAAUUGAAGAAAUAUAUGAAGAAAGUGAUGCCAUUUGUUGCCAUGAUUAAGGAAAAUCUGGAGAAGGUGGGACCUCGUGUUCUGGAUUUGCAAUUAGAAUUCGAUGAACAGGCAGUGCUCAUGGAGAAUAUAGUCUACCUGACCAAUUCCCUUGAGCUAGAACACAUAGAAGUCAAGUGUGCCUCUGAAGCAGAAGAUAAAGUCAGGGAAGAAUGCUGUCCUGGGAAACCACUUAAUGUUUUCAGAACAGAACCUGGUGUGUCAGUUUUCAUAGUGAAUCCCCAGCCAUCCAAUGGCCACUUCUCAACCAAGAUUGAAAUCAGGCAAGGAGAUACCCGCGAUUCUAUCAUCAGGCGCUUAAUGAAAGUGGACCGAGGAAUCAAAGAUCUUUCCAAAGUGAAGCUGAUGAGAUUUGAUGAUCCACUGUUGGGGCCGAGGCGAGUUCCCGUCCUGGGAAAAGAGCUGACUGGGAAGACGUCCAUUUCUGAGCAUGCUGUCUUCCACGUGGACCUCGUGAGCAAGAACGUCCAUCUUACUGAAAACGGGCUGCGGGCGGAUAUUGGUGACACAAUGGUCUACCUGGUUCACUGAAUUCACGCAUGGGAGAUUUGCCCCGUUCUCUGGGGCUACUUCUACUUUGUGCCUACAGAUUGGCUGUGAGACCCUUAGGCUGGGCCUAACUAGAUUUCAUUUCUAGCCAUCCAAUUCUGCAUGUAACCAUAAUUAUACCAACUCAUUUUUGAUUCCUGGGCCUAAUAAAUUUUUUUUCCUUCUUGGGACCUCUAA